AAGAAUUCAUAAAGUCGCAUACAUAUAGUAUAUCAAGAGAGAAAUCUAGCUGUCAUGGACACAGAUUCUCUUAUAAGAGCAGCAGCGACCCGUGGUGGUUUUGGAAACUCCGACAUCUUGCCUUAGAGUUGGCACUGUCGUGAUGGCGCAUACAAAUGAGGAUUUAGGGGAAUCUGAGAAGGGAGCUGUUGGGACAAUGCCCGAAGAAACAGAUGUGGCUACGGUGAUUAAUAAAGAGGCUCUGAGCUCGAAUGAGGGCAAUGGCAGCGAGACCCCUUCAGAGGCAGCGGUGCAGACAGUGCCUCUACCUGACAGUGAUCCUGCCAGUGAACCACCAUCAGAGGCACCUAUCGAGUCAACUGACGCAUCUACCGGAGCAUACAGUGUCUUCACAGUCACCCAGAAGAAGAUGAUAGUUCUCACGGCAUCAUUAGCUUCGCUAUUCUCCCCUAUGGCCACUGCAAUAUACUACCCAUCCCUCACAACCAUGGCCAAAGACCUCCACGUCUCAGACGCCAAAAUCAACCUAACAGUUACUCUCUUCCUGGUAAUCCAAGGCAUUGCCCCAGCCUUCUUCGCCGACAUCGCCGACCGCGCCGGCCGCCGCCCCAUCUACGCAAUCUGCUACCUAAUCUUCAACAUCGCCAACAUCGGGCUCGCCUUAGAAACAAACUACACCGCCCUCCUCAUCCUCCGCAUGGUCCAAAGCGCUGGCUCCUCCUCCACCGUCUCCCUCGCCAAUGGCGUGGUCGGGGAUAUCAUCACCUCCGCCGAGCGCGGUACAUACAUUGCCUUCUCCUCACUCGCUGGCAUAUUUGGUCCCAUGAUCGCGCCUGUACUAGGGGGUGCCAUAGCGCAGUACGCUGGGUGGCACUUCUUGUUCUGGUUCCAGCUGAUUUUUUCGUCGGCGGUGUUUGUGCCGCUGCUGCUGUUUAUGCCGGAAACGUGCCGAGCCGUGGUGGACGAUGGGUCAAUACCACCGCCAAAGUGGUCGAGAAAUUUCACGGAUACGUGGAGGCAUCGGAAUAGGACGAAGAGGGGGUUGGUGGUGGAUAAAAUUAAGCAGGAGAGGAUUAGGGAGAGGUAUCGGAUUGGAUUCCCGAAUCCGUUGGCGACACUGAGGGUGGUUUCUGAUAAGGCGACGGCGAUUAUUCUUAUAUGUACUGGUGUUGGAAUAGGUUGCUUCUAUGCCAUUAGCACCGGCGCCGCAACAGCCUUCUCCAAGCAUUAUAACUUCGAUCCCGUCCAGAUCUCCCUAAUGUUCAUCCCCAUCGGCGCAGGCAGCAUCCUCUCCGCCCUCACAAGCGGCCGCCUAAUCGACUGGAACUACCGCCGUCACGCACACCGCCUCGGCAUCACCGUGGUCAAAAACCAACGCCAAGACCUUCGCAACUUCCCUAUCGAGAGCGCACGCCUCCAAGUCGGCUUUCCGAUGCUCUUCCUCGCCGGCGCGGCCGUGAUGUCCUACGGCUGGGCGAUACGAGCAGGGGCUCCUCUCGCCGCGCCAAUCGUGGUGCUCUUCGUAGCAGGGUUCGCGCUGACGUUUACGUUCCAGGUGCUUAAUGUGCUGCUGGUUGAUAUGUGGCCUGGGAAGGCGGCGGUGGCGACGUCGGCUAAUAACCUGGUGAGAUGCGAGAUUGGGGCUGUGUUUACGGGGGUUAUUGGCCCGUUGACGGGGAGGGUGGGGGAGGGCUGGGCGUAUACGAUUUUGGCGGCGGGGUUGGUGGGGGUGGCGCCUGUUUUGGUGGUGGUGAUGAGGAGGGGGGUGAGGUGGAGGGGGGUGAGGAGGGAGAGGGAGGAGAGGAAGGAGGGGGUGAGGGGGCCCCCUCGUGAAGAGGGAGAGGGAGGCGGAGGAUAG